AUGAUUUUUGCUGGUGAUUUUGCACAACUGCCACCUGCUUUAGGUUCACCACUUUACUCUCAGACUAUUGGGGUGUCAGGUAAAAGCAAUAGUCAACAAGAAGAUGGUAUGGGGAAAUCAAUAUGGCACCGUGUUACCACAGUGGUAAUUUUAAGGCAAAAUAUGCGCCAGAAAAAUAUGACUGCUGAGGAUAACAAAUUCCGGACUGUACUAGAGAACAUGAGAUAUAAAAAAUGCACACCAAGUGAUAUAGCAUUUCUGAGAUCUCGGAUUUCUGCAAAUGUCCCAGGUGCUGACUCAAUUUGUAAAUCUGAGUUCAGGAAUGUACCAAUGAUCACUGCACUAAAUAUUGAUAAAGAUGAGAUUAAUCAGAUUGGUUGUGAAAGAUUUGCUGCAGAGAAUAUGUCUAAUUUGACUAACUUCUACUCUGAAGAUGUAGCCAGGCAGUCUAAUGAUAAUGCUCUAGAUGAAAAGAGAACAAAAAAGAAAUUACUUUCCAUCAAAGAAAUGACAGAUGAUAUUCACAUGUACCAUCAAAAUUAUUCACUUUGUGUAAAUAUGCCUGUUAUGAUCCGAAGAAACCUAGCAACAGAACUUUGUAUAACAAAAGGUCAGGAAGGAACAGUGUAUGGGUGGCAGACUAAGAAAGGAUCAAGAGGGCAACUCAUGCUGGAUGUAUUGUUUAUAAAAUUAAUUAACUUACCUGAUGGGAAAAUAAAUGUAGUACCAGUGUAUUCUACUACCAACUCAAUGCAAAUUACAUUACCAAAUGGAUGUGCAGUCAAUGUUACCAGAGAACAAGUUGAAGUUCUACCUAAUUUUGCAAUGACUGAUUUUGCAUCUCAGGUUGAUAUCAAUAACUGCAAGGAUUAUCAUGGUAUUUAUACCGCCCUGUCAAGAGGUUCAACAGCAUCAGGAACUUUAUUGAUACAAGGGUUUUCACCACAUACACGUGAAGAAUUUAGGGAAUUAGAAAUUUUGGAUGAGAUUACAAGGCUUCAAUAUGAAAAUCAAAUAUGUUCUUCAAUCAAAGGCACAUAUAGGCAAGAUUUAAUCAAAGCAUAUCAGAAAUGGAAAGGCAAACAUUAUACAAUCAAAACUUUUAUAUUCCAUCAAUGGGCUUAUUUGGAAAACGGAAGCUUCAUAUCAGCCCUGAAGCAACACCAGAAAACAGUCCGAUGA